GCUUUCACACUUUUUAUCAAGAUGGGAAAGAGGGAUGUAUUUUGUUGGAAUGUUAUGAUUAGAUCUGUAGCUAUCCACGGAAGAACAGAAGACGCCAUCAAGAUGUACUCAUUGAUGCAAAAAAAAGGGUUGAAGCCAAAUGACUUCACCUUCACUGCUGCUCUAUUCGCUUGUAGCCAUGGAGGCUUAGUAAAGGAAGGUGAAAGAAUCUUCCAUUCCAUGGAGAGGGAUUUUGGGGUUGAACCAAAACUCCAGCAUUAUGGCUGCAUAAUUAACCUACUGAGCCGAAACGGUCAGUUGGAGGAAGCAGUACGUCUAUUUAAGGCAAUGCCGUAUAUGCCUGACAUAGCAAUAUGGGGAGCUUUGCUUGGCGGUUGCAGAGGUAUAAGUCACCUUCAAUUGGCAGAGGAAGUGAUAGAGAAAGCUACAGGGUUGGAAGCAAAUGAAUCAGGAGUUUAUGUGCUCUUGGCUAACAUGCAUGCCUCAGUAGGGCAAUGGCCGGAGGCUCAAAGUGCAAGAGAAAUGAUGGAAGAAAAGAAUAUUUGGAAGAACACAGGGCAUAGUCAUGUUUAUGCUCCUUGAAGUCUUGCAUACAGA